AUGGCUGGCCGUGCGCUGUUGGUGUGCGCCCUCUGCGCGCUGUGCUGCGCCGCCGGCGGGGGCUGUGCGUGGGACCGCUUCUGCGAUGAAGCUGGAAAGGAGUUGUUGAAAAAGGAGUUGAAUAAAGCUGAUGAAGAGGUGAAUAAGUAUUGCGGUGAAAUGAAAGACUUACAGGAUCGCCUGAAAGGGAACACGCCGCAAGCCGCCAAGUUGUCCUCUGCGCAGUCGGGCACUGCAGCUGCCACAGGCGAGGCGGGUGGCAAGGGAGAGAAGAGCAGUAGUCCUUCGGCACUACCUCCAGGCAGCAAGGUAGAGGCCGGCGUCGAAAGAAAAGGCCCGCGAGCCUCAGAGGAAAGCGCCGAAGAUGCAACAGAGAAAAAGCCUGCAGAUUCGGGGGAAAUGGGAGGUCUGAAGGGGCCAGGCGCACCACAAGAAGUAUCUCCAGCGACAGGCCCGACAACAGAGCUCCCACAGUCACAGGCUGGGGAUUCUAAAAAUGAUUUGGGCGUCGGCAUUAAUUUCGACGGCAGAGAACCCGUUGGCCCAGCGGAUGUCACAAACAGUACGUCAGCUGGCGGUGAACCGGAAGCAGCUCUACUGACCGCCUCUCAAACUCCCGGUGGCGCUGCCAGCAGUCAGGCGCAUGAAGCCAAUGCAAGGGGUGGCAACGGCACUCCAGGGUCCGAUGCCGUAGUGUCAUCGGCACCGACGGCAGGGCAACCAGAGGCAGCGUCGACACCACCAAAGUCGCCAGCGUCAACUGAAGGGCCAGUGGAAACAGUUCAGGAGACGGCAUUGGAGAAGGCUCUUUCGAAGGAAAACGGUGUCGAGGAGAGUCCGGUCAGUGAUGGCAAUGGCGGCGGUACCGAGAAAGCUGAGCACAAAGAAGCUGUGCCGGCCCCAACUGUCACAAGUAAUACACCGGAUGGAAGGGCAGUGGAUGCACCUCAACUCACUGCCCCUUCGGGCGGCGGUGGCACUUCAGGCGAACAGGCUGGAAAGAAGGCUGAGGCGAUUGCCGAGGAUUCUGCAGGGCCUGUUGCCGCGGCGGCCCCAGGAGCCCAACAGCAAGGUGUAGCUGCCGCUGGCACACCGACGAGCAGCGACAAGGAGCCGCUGCCAACAGCAAAGGGCACCGCCACUGAGGCCAGUCACGCAGCGACGACGACUGACGGUGGCAGCGGCAGCACCGCAGCGCAGACGCAGCCGGAGAGUUCCGUGGGGGCAAACGAGGCUGGGCAGCGAGAACAGCAGCAUCCCGCCGUCACCACACCCAAGCAGGAGACGGAAAAGAGUGGUGAGAGAGGAGGAGAAGCCACUCAGCCGGCGGCGGGGGCGGCUGCUCAAGCGGCGACUACCACAACCAAAAAGAACGCAACGAAGGCGGCGCCCGGCGACAGUGACGGCAGCAGCACCGCGGCCUCGCACUCCGCCUCCCCCCUUGCGCUGCUUCUUCUGCUUGCGUGUGCGGCUGCCGCUGCGAUGGUGGCUGCGUGA